AUGCCAUUCUCCCCAGUUUUCGAUGGCAUCACCUGUGAACUUGUGCGGAUAGACUACCUUCCGACUGGAACAGAUCAUUCAAUUGCCUCAACAUGCCCGUGGACUCCGGUAAAGACAGUUAAGUUCACAUAUGACCUCCUUGAUGAGCCGCUAAGAACAGAUCUCAAACCAUACAUCGUGCAAACAACCCGAAGGAGCCUCGUUCUCUGUGAAUGGCGAUGCAGUCAAGUGGGAUUUCAGUGUCUGUUCCAAUUCCAGGGUGGGCCUGACACUAUACAAUAUACCACUUCUGAUAAAAACGCAAUAUCUUUUAUCGGCUGUCCGACGCUGGCCUCCAGCACAAAACAUACGAAUUAUCGCUCUGGAGACAUCGAACUCGAAGUCCGCGCCACCGGUAUUCCUUCCGCCAUGCUCAUCGACCAUGGUGCCACCGUCCCUUGGGGCACCAAUGUUGGGCCGGGUGUCAUGGCUGGGUACCACCAACAUAUCUUCUCCAUGCGCAUUGACCCACCCAUAGACGGACAUAACAAUGCUGUAGUCUAUCAAGACAGUAUCCCAAUGCCUGAAGGUGCGGUCGCUAACCCUAUGGUAUGGGAUACACCGCGGAAACCACCGUACUGA